AUGCGUCUCGGAUCAGCCGGCCUCCUGGCCCUGCUAUGGUCCUAUGGCAGCAAUAUCGUGACAGCUUCACCACUUGCUGAAGCUGGCGCAGCAAUGCCCGGCCUACGGCCCAGACAACAAUCAGGCACAGGCGUCCAAAACCCACCCACAACGUCGACGACUCCCCCAACAACCUCUAUACCGAUAACGAGCGCCGCCGACGAGGCCACGACGACAAUCACACAAACCGUAACCCAAGGUGGCGGCGCUGGCGGUACCGUCACCGUCACGAGCGCAUCACUUCGUACAAUCAUCACCACUGUUGUCGUCACCACCACCACUUUCGAGACUACCACGAUUACCAGCAACGAUGUCGCGACAGCAACUGUGACGAACUACGUCACGUCGACCGUCCUCGCGAAGCGUAGCAUCAACUUCUUCGCCGCCGAAGCAGCCCCUGUCGAUGCCCCCGCCGCUCAAAUCACCCCCGCUGCCGACGCCGAUCUGCGCAAGUACGCUUUCAUUGAGAAGCGCGCCCUCGUUACUGUGACUGUUACUGUGUCAGGCUCCGCCGGCGCCGAUUCGACUGUGACCGUAACUCAAACCAGCACCGUCGUCCGAACCACGACGUCGGCGCUUGUCCAGACUUCCACCAUCACGAGCGUCCAGUACAACAACGCUCAAACGACGGUAACGGUGACUUCGACUCUCAUCGUCACCUCGACUUCGAUCGACACUUCCUCCCCAUCGACGGUCGCCUCUGGCCCGACGACAGGCGCCAUCGCGACGGAGACGUCUUCAUCGUCAGGCGGCUCGGGUAGUGGCGAUAGUGACGGGCUUUCCACCGGUGCGAAGGCGGGAAUUGGCGCGGGAGUAGGUGUUGUCGGGCUUUUGGCACUUCUCGGAGGCGCAUACUGGCUCUACAAGCGCCGCAAGGCCAACCGUCCCAGCGCCGCCGACCUCGCCGAUAUGCGCGCCUAUGACCCCAACGGCCCUUCUCCCCUGGAUCACACUCACAUGUCGGAGACCGGUGCAGGUCUCGGCGCUGCCGGCGCCGCGGCUCACAGGCGCCAGCCGCCGCCCAGGAAGAGCGCCCAGCUCUCCCCGCCCACGGCAAGCGUUAGCCCCAUGUCGAAUCAGACUGUCACGCCCGCGAACGACUACGGCUCAGGAUUCGCGAGGCCGCCGGCGAACGGCGCCAAUGAGCUGGGCGACACGAGGGUACUCCCUGCGGAGAUGGGUGGUGACGAAGUUGUCGAGAUGGGCGACGGACAGCCGAGACCGCCGCCGCCGCAGCAGCCGCAGCCCGGCAGGCAGAACAUGACCUUCCAGUCCGGGCCGGUGCCUGAUGUGUACGAGAUGCCCACCGAGAGGUAUCGGUAA